UACAUGAAAGGCAGUGACGUCACCGAUGCACAAACUGUAGUAUCUCUAACUGAAGAAGCUUCUAAAACCAAAGAUAUCGGUGAGGAAUCUAGCAACGACGAUUGGUCGAACAAGAGCGAGCACGGGUCCUCGGAAGACCGGGCAAGCCCCGAGUCCAACAGUGACGUCAUCCCCUUCUCAGAAGAGGACUACGAAAAAGUUACUACUAGUACCUCCGACGACUCUCGCGAGAAUGAGCGCGAUUCGGAAGGAAGAAUUUACACGAAAACCGUUCACACUACUAAAACCAUAACAAUUGAGAAGGUGUCUGGAACAGCUACAGUACUAGAACAAACCGAGACCGUAACAGAGCAGAUGUCAACAAGAAUCAGCACCGACUCCCUGGACAGAAUUCCAGUGAAGGAAUCUUCUCUUCUCGCCCAAGAGCCAGAUGACGUGUCGGACGACAGUCUGAACGGUGGAGACUCUGAAUCCGAACUUCCAGUGGGUCAUGACGACGAAGAACCGAGUCUGCACGAUCCAGAAACGAAGACAACCGAGGAGGAGCCGGACGAUGCCGAGGAAGAGGCGGAAAGACACGACGAUGCAGACGAAGUCGGUGCAGACGAGAACGGUCACGACUGUGGUGCGGAAGACGAUAUGGACGUGGACUCCCUCGCAAGUGGCGACGAAGCAGACGAAGCCUCGGAAGAGGAAAAAAGAAGAAAGCAACAGGAAGAAGAAUUUCGCGAACGACUUAGGCAGGCUUGCCACAGCAGGGACGCCCUGGAACUGCAGACCGCCAUGGAGCAGUGGCGAGAGGCGGGGAUGUCCACUGAUGAGGACGUCUACUCACAUGCUCGAGACGUCGAGAAGGAACUGGAGCUCCAGAAUGUCCUGCGGGACGCUGUUCGCCGGCGCAGCCUGACCGACAUUGAGAAGGCCAUGGGGCUCGUCAGGGAGCAGGGUCUGGCCGACAGACUGCGGGUGGACAUGGCAGAGGCGGAGCGCGUCGCCGAGUCCCUACGGCUUCUGGAAAGUUUACGUCACGAGGUACUGCAGCUGAACCAGAGCACGAUAUCAGAGAUCCGGUCCUACUCCAACCCGCCCAAACCCGUGCACAAAGUCAUGCUGGCCACCUACCUCCUCCUCGGAGAGAGCGCCAGCAAUUUGAAAAGCUGGCAGGAUGUGCGCCUGUUUAUCGGGAAGACGGGUAAAGAGAACCUGAAGAGACGCGUGCAGCAGUGCGACAUCAAGAAGAUCCCGCCGGAAGUCGCCCGGACCGCCAAGAAAAUCCUGAGCAAGUUUGAUCUGGAUCAGCUGCGAGACGUGAGCGCAGGCGCAGCCGCCUUCUUCAUCUGGGCACAGGGGAUGGUACAAGAGGUGGAAGAGAGACAGAGAGAGGCGGCCGCGGAGAAAGAGGCAGCGUCUGGAGAUGCCUAGACGGAAUAGGCGGCAGAACAAAUAUUUUUGCCCCAGACAUUUACUCCACUGCAACUAGCAGUGCAGCUAGUAGAUCUCAGCAAACGGUGGUCAUCAGCGAUACGUGAUUUUCAGAUCGAAGAGACAUCACAGAUAACCCACAUUUCAUCGAAAAAAAGUGUCAUAAAAUGAUACGUGAUAACUAUGAUCAAGCCUAACCUGGGUGCUACUCGAUUUGCUACAAGCUACGGGGCUCCUUGUAAAUGAGGGAACGGAAUAUACUUUGGAUGUCACCUAGACCAGAUCGAGCCAGACAGUGACUGUUAGGAAUACAAAAUAGUGACUACAAAACUAAAAAUCAUACAUAACAUAUGCAACUACGAUAUUAAACGGCUAGAUCUACUACUUAGUACUUUAAACGGAAAUUGAUGGUUGCUGUCAAUGAAGAUGUACAUUUUGAGGCACUAAGCACAACUGUAAAUUGUACUAUAAAAAUAUCGACACAAACUAAUAUUGGGUAUUUUAUGGGUGCAUGUAAUGAUAUUAUUAAAACUAACAAGAACACCGUUUACUAGUUAUUUGUACUGUUAGAUUGAGACCUUGCGAUUUUUUUAUAAACUAAAAAUGUAUGUUGAUUUUUAUCUCUAUCGUGCUUACCCACUCGUUUGUAUUAACUUUCUUUGUACAUUUCAGCUUUUUUGUUUUGAUUGAAUGAGUGUAGAAAUCGAGAAAUAAAGUACAUCUCGCAUGUCUAUUGUUCUGAAAGCAACAAGACCAAGAUAAUGUUCACGAAGAUAUAUCUUGAGGUGAUGUGAUACAAAUACAUUGGUUAGUAGAAAUGUAGAAAUAUUCUGUUCUGCCAUAUUUUUAGUUGCCUUUAACUAUGGAAGUGAAGAGAAA